CAAAACCCUAACACAGGAUGUUUGAAUCAAUCUUUACGGCUGUAUAUAUCGAUCUGCGCAGCAUCAUGGCAGCGUACUCACAAUGUGGACCGACACAGCACAUAUCAUUUAAAGCAAUGUCACGGUGAUGUGCUGAUUAUCUACCCUUUAGCAUGUUCUCUUCUCUGCUACCUAACGUGAGACAGGACAACCAUGGCUCCAUGUCAUUGCAGCCAAUUGGGAAACUCCCGAGUUCUCCUUUACAUGAACUUGAACUUGAACGAAUACCAACACCCACUCAAUGUCGAUGCCUGCCCGGUGAUAAUACAGGUCCUUUCAUCUCGGCGGCUACAGAUUUCUUGAAUUCAUCGCUGUCCACACAAAAGCUGCACAAGUCCACAAAAUCGGUAUCAGCAUUUCUAUGUGUGUUUAUGCAUGGAUUUUUUGUUCUUCUCCAUUUUGUUCUCCUGGCGUUAAGCAUUUCUGCUAUCGAGCACCGUAUUGUCAUUUCUGAGAACGGUGCAUGGAUGUCAGCAUUGGCUGCAUCGACACAGGCCUUUUAUGCGCUGUAUUGCGCGAUACUCGUUUACCUGGCGCAACGCCUGACACUCUACCGGAACUUGAUUCAGCAUCAAAAAUUGACCAUCCUCCACGACAAUGUUAACGCAUGGAGUGGCCUUGGUUCUGCAUUACAGUGUCUCUGGCAACAGUCAAGCACUAGUAGAUCAUUAUGGUGGAUGGCGUCUAUCGCUACCUAUCUUGGAUGUGUAUUCGCGCUUCAUGUGGCUUCGUCAUCCCUAUUGCAGCUGCAGACAUUCACCGCAACCACAAACAUGUCAGCAACAACAUUCUCUCACUGGCCUGGCACAAAUGUCGACAUGAUGGGACUUCAGUGGCACACUAUUAGCGCGAUCGUUCCAUCUCUGAGCCAUUUCAAUAGUUCGUUGAACGCCGGACUCAAUGAUACCACAUUGUAUGACACCGUUGAAGCAGAUGGCGCCACAGGAAACGCCAUUGUAGAUGCAACUACUUUCCAAACGGAGUGUGGGUUACUCCGUAAUUCUGAGUUGAGCUACACCCCACAGCUGAAUGCCAAUCAAUUCGGAGACUACGUAAUCGAACCUCCAGUUUCAGGCCAGGAGCAGACCAUGAGAUGGUCGGCCCGGCUGGUACCUCCCUAUCAAGAUCAGUUAAAAGUCAGUGGGUCCAUGUCUGUCCUUUUUCCUGGGCCUACCAUCGUGUUUAUAAUUCCUACGUCCAUUGAUAUCGACGACUCCCUGAAAUCAGCAACCGCACAGCACAUAAACUGGGAAUAUCAGCAAGACCUGUUAUUCAACAGUCCUCAAGCUCCGACCAUCUCGACUGCGCUCGAUGCUUAUUUAAUAGCUUGCAACAUAUAUGUUGAACACCAUACGGCGACAGUCGAUAUGAAAACAGGUCGAUUACUGGCACUCUUUCCGCCCCCGAUUCUAUCUCCUCCGUCAAACUGGAAGGCAUGGACAGCGCCAAAGGGAAAUAGCACUUGGGAUAUCUGGUCGCCGCCAGGAAUAGGUCAGUAUAAUCAUCAACAUCGAAAAUGGCUUGUAUCUCCAUUCCACUCUGGAGCUAUGCACCCUGUAAAUAUUUGUAUGACUCAAAGUCAAGCAUCCUGCUACAGACUUUCUCUCCUCGAGCUGUAUUUUAUGAAAGAAAUUGGUUUAGAUGUGGUUUUGGACGAGCAAGCCUCCAGGCCACCACCACCAUCUGGUCCAAAGAAGGUUCUCUGUAGUCGCCACAAAUUCGAAUCUAGUCUCUCCAAAAUCUUCGCAUCAUUGUUGUGGACAGGUGCAAAGCUCGGCUCCGAUGCUGGUGGCUUUGACCCAACACCAGGCAGCACUGUCGUUUCUCGGCAGGUUAUAAAAUGGCGUCUCAACACUAAUGCGCGGCCUUUAGCAGUUGCAUUGACCGCUUCGUUGACCAUGUUGAUACUCUCGAUCUGCAUGUCAGGGGACAUAUUAUAUCGGCGGAAAAACAGGAUGCCCAUAGAGAGUGCUGGCGUUCUCCAGAUCAUCUGGCUGACAAACCGUCUCCGCGUGCUCAAAGACCUCAUGAAUGAGUUGGAUGAUCCAAGAGAAGAUGUUCUUCGUUCUGUUGGGAUGGUGGAAGUAGACCUGUUACAAGAGCUAAAUAGGCAGGACUAGGGAUUGUUGCUAGCGAGACUUGAAGGUGCACUACGAACGAUACCAUGAAGCAUGACUUGCAGGAGCUAAGGCAGCCUCAUACUUAUACGAGUUCCGUGCCGCAUCUUCAACAAGCAUCCCCACCCGUUGAUAGUAUUUGCUCUUCUCUUAUCCUCCUCCGUCAAUCACAUUGCGGUGUAGGAUUGCGUCGAGCGUAACUCCAUGAUUAGCUGGCAUGUUGUAUCUAUCUAUCUACAUGAACGAGUUCCCACUGCAUCCUUCAAGUACAAGCAUUCUCGUCACUCGCAGACUAAUUCGCUGCGGCCAAUGUCGAUAUGAUUAGUCUAUAAAUCAGAUUUAGAUGUUGCGGAACCAGG